AAUUAGAAAGCUUCUUUUUUUUAAUUCAACUUGAGUCUGCGACUCUUUGGUUAAAUUUCAGUGCUAUAAAAUUCUUUAAAUUCUCUUUCUCUUCUCUUUGUCACCAACUACCAAGGCCCAACGCCUCCGGUCGCCGGAGCUAUUUUACGGCCUCUGAUCGGCGGUUUAUGCAACGACAGCGGUGGUAUCACCGUAAUGAUGACGCUCCCACGGCGGCUUUCCACGGCGGUUGCUUGUUUUCAGAUCUUGUUGUUUGUAUGUAUAUGUAAUGCAGAAAGGUAUAAUACACGGAUACUUGCCACACAGAGUGAAAAACAUGGUGAAGAAUAUUGUGCAAUGUAUGAUAUAUGUGGAGCACGUAGCGAUGGGAAAGUACUUAAUUGCCCUUUCGGUUCUCCAUCUGUAAAGCCAGAUGAUUUAUUAUCAGCUAAGAUCCAAAGUUUAUGUCCAACAAUUUCUGGAAACAUUUGUUGUACAGAAGCUCAAUUCGAUACAUUGCGUACACAAGUCCAACAAGCAAUACCUUUUCUAGUUGGAUGUCCCGCAUGCUUAAGAAACUUUUUGAAUCUGUUUUGUGAGCUUACAUGCUCUCCACAUCAAAGUCAAUUCAUCAAUGUGACUUCGAUUUCUAAGAUAAAGAACAAUAUGACUGUGGGUGGUAUUGACUACUAUAUAACUGACACAUUUGGAGAGGGUUUAUUUGAUUCCUGCAAGGAUGUAAAGUUUGGCACCAUGAAUUCUCGGGCUAUUGAGUUUGUUGGUGCUAGUGCUAAGAAUUUCAAAGAGUGGUUUGCUUUCAUUGGUCGAAAAGCAGACCUUCAAGUACCAGGUUCACCUUAUGGAAUAAACUUUCGUCCAGAUGCUGACGUGGCAACAGGAAUGAAGCCUAUGAAUGUGACUACUUAUUCAUGUGGUGACACGUCAUUAGGCUGUUCUUGUGGUGAUUGUCCUUCAUCUCCUGUUUGUUCAAGUUCUACCCUUUCAUCACCUCACAACAAGGGUUCUUGCUCAGUUAAAAUCGGCUCUCUUAAGGCAAGAUGCGUCGAAGUUUCAUUAGCAAUAGUGUAUAUUAUUUUGGCCUCUUUGUUUCUUGCAUGGGGUUUGUUUUAUAAAAGAGGAGCAAGGAAAACAUCUUUGAGAACUAGACCAUUAGUGAAUGUGACAAAUGGUGGUGAUCAAGUACAGCAUGUCCAUGGGAAAAAAGACAAGAAUAUCCCCAUGCAGAUGCCUGAGGAUAACCCUCAAAUAGCAAGUGGGGUUCAGCUUUCAGUUGUUCAAGGAUACAUGGCAAAAACUUUCAGGUUAUAUGGAGCGUGGGUUGCUAGAAAUCCAGUUAUUGUCUUGUGUUCUUCAUUAGCUGUUGUUCUUCUUCUUGGUUUAGGCUUAAUCCGUUUUCAAGUAGAGACACGCCCUGAGAAACUUUGGGUAGGCCAUGGGAGUAGAGCUGCAGAAGAGAAACAAUACUUUGAUAGCCACCUUGCACCUUUCUAUAGAAUCGAGCAGCUCUUAUUGGCGACUAAACCUUUGGCUACACAUGAGAAACCACCAACUAUUGUGACAGAGGAAAAUAUUAAGUUGCUUUUUGCAAUACAAGAUAAGGUAGAUGGAAUUCGAGCAAAUUAUACUGGAUCAUUGGUUUCUUUGACAGACAUAUGCAUGAAACCUCUGGGUGAGGCUUGUGCUACACAAAGUAUUCUUCAGUAUUACAAAAUGGAUCCUAAAAACUUUGAGAAUUAUGGGGGUAUUGAACAUGCUGAAUACUGCUUUCAGCAUUACACUUCUGAUGAGAACUGCAUGAGUGCAUUCAAAGGCCCACUAGAACCAAGCACAGCAUUAGGAGGUUUCUCUGGUAGCAAUUACUCUGAGGCUUCUGCAUUCAUCAUAACUUAUCCUGUGAACAAUGUGAUUGAUAAAGAAAGCAAUGAAACUAAAAGGGCAAUUGCAUGGGAGAAAGCCUUCAUUAAAUUAGUGGAGGAUGAGCUCCUGCCAAUGGUGGCAUCUAAGAAUUUGACAUUAUCCUAUUCUUCUGAAAGCUCUAUUGAAGAAGAAUUGAAAAGAGAAAGUACUGCAGAUGCUAUAACAAUUUUGAUAAGUUACCUUGUGAUGUUUGCUUAUAUAUCUUUGGCAUUGGGUGACACUCCUCGCUUCACAUCAUUUUAUAUUUCGUCCAAGGUAUUGCUUGGGCUUUCUGGAGUAAUGCUUGUCAUGCUAUCAGUUAUUGCAUCAGUUGGUUUUUUCAGUGCAAUUGGAGUAAAAUCUACACUUAUCAUCAUGGAAGUCAUCCCUUUUCUUGUUUUGGCUGUUGGGGUAGACAACAUGUGCAUUCUGGUGCAUGCGGUUAAAAGGCAACAAGUGGAGUUGCCUUUGGAAGGCCGAAUAAGUAAUGCACUUGCAGAAGUGGGACCAUCUAUAACUCUCGCCAGUCUGUCUGAAGUUUUGGCAUUUGCGGUUGGAAGCUUUAUUCCUAUGCCAGCAUGUCGCGUAUUUUCCAUGUUUGCAGCACUGGCUAUUCUCUUGGAUUUCCUUCUGCAAGUCACUGCUUUUGUAGCUUUGAUUGUUUUUGAUUUUAUGAGAGCUGAGGACCAGAGGAUUGAUUGUUUUCCUUGUAUUAAAGCUUCGAGUUCAGUUUCUGAUACUGAUCAAGUUAAUAAUCAGAGAAAAUCUGGAUUACUUACUCGGUAUAUGAAGGAGGUUCAUGCACCCAUCUUGGGUCUAUGGGUAGUCAAACUUGUAGUCAUUGCUGUGUUUGCUGCAUUAUCAUUGGCCAGCAUUGCAUUAUGUACAAGGAUUCAACCUGGUUUAGAACAACAAAUAGUUCUGCCUCGAGACUCAUAUCUUCAGGGUUAUUUUAAUAAUGUCUCAGAGUAUCUCAGAAUUGGUCCACCUCUAUAUUUUGUUGUGAAAAACUAUAAUUACAGUUCAGAAUCAAGACAUACAAAUCAGUUGUGCUCCAUCAAUCAUUGUGAUGCAAACUCCCUUUUGAAUGAGAUAUCAAAGGCAUCUCUUGUACCUACAUCAAGCUACAUUGCAAAACCUGCUGCUUCAUGGCUUGAUGAUUUUCUUGUUUGGGUAUCUCCAGAAGCUUUUGGAUGCUGCAGAAAGUUCACUAAUGGAAGUUAUUGCCCCCCUGAUGAUCAGCCUCCUUGUUGUUCUUCUAGUGAUGGUUCUUGUAGCACAAAUGGAUUUUGCAAGGACUGUACCACGUGUUUUCGUCACUCAGAUUUCCAAAAUGAUCGUCCAACUACACCACAAUUCAAGGAGAAGCUUCCAUGGUUCCUUGAUUCUCUCCCUUCUGCUGAUUGUGCAAAAGGUGGCCAUGGAGCUUACACGAAUAGUGUGGAACUUACAGGUUUCGAGAAUGGUAUUAUUCAAACAUCUUCCUUUCGUACAUAUCACACACCCCUGAACAAACAGGUUGAUUUUGUUAACUCAAUGAGGGCUGCACGAGAAUUUAGCUCAAGGGUUUCUGAUUCCUUAAAUAUUGAGGUGUUUCCUUAUUCUGUAUUUUACAUGUUCUUUGAGCAAUAUCUUGACAUAUGGAAGACAGCAUUGAUUAGUCUUGCAAUAGCCAUUGGUGCUGUAUUUGUUGUCUGCUUGGUUAUUACAUGUAGCCUAUGGAGCUCGAGUAUCAUUGUACUUGUGCUGGUGAUGAUUCUUGUGGAUAUGUUGGGAGUGAUGGCCAUUCUGAACAUCCAACUGAAUGCUGUGUCUGUUGUUAACCUCGUGAUGUCAGUGGGUAUUGCUGUCGAGUUUUGUGUACAUAUAACACAUGCUUUCUUGGUUAGUAGCGGUGAUAGAGAUCAGCGGACAAAGGAGGCUUUGGGUACAAUGGGUGCUUCAGUUUUCAGUGGAAUAACAAUUACAAAGCUAGUAGGAGUAAUCGUCCUCUGCUUCUCAAGGACCGAAAUAUUUGUGGUUUACUACUUCCAAAUGUACCUUGCAUUGGUUCUUCUUGGUUUCUUACAUGGGCUCAUUUUCUUGCCAGUGGUACUAAGCAUGUUUGGCCCACCUUCUAGACGUGUUCUUGUUGAGAGGAAAGAAGAUAACAAGUCUUCCGCUUCAUCAUCAUUAUAACUUAGAUUCUUUCAAUCUUGUUCUCUCUCUCAAUCAUUCUCAAUUUCUCAUAGGCAAAUUUUCUCAUGAAAAAAAUGAGGGUGAACACAAUUAAUGUGUAAAGUGAUAAAAUAUAGAGCUAUCUUAAGUUAUAUAGACUACACGUGAGCAUAGAUGUAACUUAACUUCUAUCCAUUUAUGUAAUUAUAAACUACUCAUAGCUCGUAACUCAUUAUUAUGGAUUCA